AUGACCCGCUGGACAUCCCUCAAGGCCUCCCGGCCACACAAACCUGGCCCCUGGGAUCUGGUGGGCUCUCACCGGCGUCUGAAUGCCCUGAACCUGGCUGCCUCUCCUUGGAGGGCCCAGGAACCUAGGGCUGAGCUGUCUUCCCAGCAUGGCCCCUGGGUUUCCCAACCCCAUCGGUCCUCUGCUUCUUGGCCCAGGCAGAAGCAGCAUCCACCAUUACGGCCCCAGGUCUCAGCUCCACAGACCCAUGGCGCCCCCUCCCCUGGAACCAGCGUGGGGGCGGGCCGGGGCCUCCCCACCCCCGGGAUGACGGCAGCGAGCCGGGCCAAUCCCUACAGCAUCGUGUCCUCAGAAGAGGACGGGCUGCACCUGGUCACCAUGUCGGGGGCCAACGGCUUCGGCAACGGCAAGGUGCACACGCGGCGCCGGUGCCGCAACCGCUUUGUCAAGAAGAACGGCCAGUGUAACAUCGAGUUCGCCAACAUGGAUGAGAAAUCGCAGCGCUACCUGGCUGACAUGUUCACCACCUGCGUGGAUAUCCGCUGGCGCUACAUGCUGCUCAUCUUCUCGCUGGCUUUCCUCGCCUCCUGGCUGCUCUUUGGGGUCAUCUUCUGGGUAAUCGCUGUCGCCCACGGCGACCUGGAACCUGCGGAGAGCCGUGGCCGCACCCCCUGCGUGAUGCAGGUCCACGGCUUCAUGGCAGCCUUCCUCUUCUCCAUCGAGACACAGACCACCAUCGGCUACGGGCUGCGCUGCGUGACAGAGGAGUGCCCUGUGGCCGUGUUCAUGGUGGUGGCUCAGUCCAUCGUGGGCUGCAUCAUCGAUUCCUUCAUGAUCGGUGCCAUCAUGGCCAAGAUGGCGCGGCCCAAGAAGCGGGCACAGACGCUACUGUUCAGUCACAAUGCCGUGGUGGCGCUGCGUGACGGCAAGCUGUGCCUCAUGUGGCGCGUGGGUAACCUGCGCAAGAGCCACAUCGUGGAGGCCCACGUACGAGCCCAGCUCAUCAAGCCCCGGGUCACCGAGGAGGGCGAGUAUAUCCCCCUGGACCAGAUCGAUAUCGAUGUGGGCUUUGACAAGGGUCUGGACCGCAUCUUCCUCGUGUCACCCAUCACCAUCCUGCAUGAGAUCGACGAGGCCAGCCCGCUGUUCGGCAUCAGCCGGCAGGACUUGGAGACGGAUGACUUUGAGAUUGUGGUCAUCCUGGAGGGUAUGGUGGAGGCCACGGCCAUGACCACGCAGGCCCGUAGCUCCUACCUGGCCAACGAGAUCCUCUGGGGCCACCGCUUUGAGCCAGUGCUCUUUGAGGAGAAGAAUCAAUACAAGAUCGACUACUCACACUUCCACAAGACCUAUGAGGUGCCCUCCACGCCACGCUGCAGUGCCAAGGACCUGGUGGAGAACAAGUUUCUCUUGCCCAGUGCCAACUCCUUUUGCUACGAGAAUGAGCUGGCCUUCCUGAGCCGUGACGAGGAGGAUGAGGUGGACGGAGACCAGGAUGGCAGAAGUCGAGACGGCCUCAGUCCCCAACCCCGGCAUGACUUUGACAGACUCCAGGCCGGUGGUGGUGCCCUUGAGCAGCGGCCCUACAGAAGGGAGUCAGAGAUCUGA